UAUUAUUUCCGGCUUCCUCUCAUUCACUUUGCUUCCUGCUAGCUGUGCACUACCACUGGAAUAACACUACCUUUGUGAUAUUAAUUCCUACGUCAAACGGACAUUUCAAAGCCGUUAAUUAACGCCAAAAUGGUUGAUGAUAAGGUUGAGAUGAACGACACCGAAGAAUUCACUCCUGCGAACACAAACGAUCCGAAAAACGUGCAGGAACUCACUCAAUAUGUGCAGAGUUUACUGCAAACGAUCCAGGAUAAAUUCCAGAACAUGUCCGAUCAGAUUCUAUCGCGUAUAGAUGAGAUGGGUAAUCGGAUUGAUGACCUAGAGAAGAAUAUAGGUGAUUUAAUGACACAGGCUGGUGUCGAAGGAGUGGAAAAAUAAACAAUCAUUCAUUUAGAUAUAUCCAUCAUCAUUAGCUUAGAUAUUAGUUAAUAAUAUUUAUCAUGUAAUAAGUGUGUGUGCUAUAUUAAGAUUGUAUAAGAUGAUAAGAAUAAGACCAAUGAUUCCUUAUUA